CUCAGGCCCCAACAGCCCUGGUUCCCCCUCUUUCUUCCCUCUCCUCCUCACGUUUGCCCUGGUUCUCUCUCUCUCUCUCUCUCUCUCACACACACACACACACACACACACACAAGCCCACACAUAGAUGGAAAGUAGUAGCAGCAGCAGCAUAAUCAACGGCAAGAACAGCCGGUGGAGAGCAGAGGAAGCCGUAGCUGGCAACGCCGAAGCUCUCCAAGCGCUUCGAGAACUGAUCACCUAUCCUCUUCUCUAUUCUCGCGAGGCUCGAAUGCUCGGUCUUAAGUGGCCUCGUGGUUUGCUGCUCCAUGGUCCCCCUGGCACAGGAAAGACAAGCUUGGUUCGAGCAGUUGUUCGUGAAUGCGAUGCACAUUUAGUCGUAAUUAGUCCCCAUACGGUUCACAGAGCACAUGCUGGGGAGAGUGAGAGAAUUUUGAGGGAGGCUUUCGCAGAAGCAUCAUCUCAUGCUAAAUUGGGCAAGCCAUCGGUUAUAUUUAUUGAUGAAAUUGAUUCACUUUGCCCUCGUCGUGUUUCUCGAAGGGAGCAAGACAUUCGUGUGGCAUCGCAGCUCUUUAUGCUGAUGGACUCCAAUAAACCCUUAUCAACAUCUAUACCUCAAGUUGUGGUGGUGGCAUCAACCAACAGAGUCGAUGCAAUUGACCCUGCACUACGAAGGUCAGGGCGUUUUGAUGCUGAGAUUGAAGUUACGACUCCUACUGAAGCGGAACGCUUUCAAAUUCUCGAGCUCUAUACAAAGACAAUUCCUUUGGAUCCUGAUGUUGACUUACAAGCCAUAGCUGUAUCUUGCAACGGUUAUGUUGGGGCUGAUUUAGAAGCUUUAUGUCGUGAGGCUACCAUGUCUGCAGUAAGAAAAUCUGCUGACGUGAAUCAAGAAGCUGGUAUGUUCUGCUUAACAAUGGAUGACUGGAAGCAGGCCAGGACGGUUGUUGGUCCAAGCAUAACAAGAGGUGUUACUGUGGAAAUCCCCAAGGUUUGUUGGGAAGAUAUUGGGGGAUUAAGAGAUUUAAAGAAAAAGCUCCAGCAAGCUGUUGAGUGGCCUUUAAAGCAUUCCGCUGCAUUUUCGAGAUUGGGAAUAUCACCUGUCAGUGGGAUCCUUCUUCAUGGACCUCCAGGGUGCUCAAAAACCACCCUUGCUAAAGCUGCAGCUCAUGCUGCCCAAGCUUCUUUUUUUUCCUUGAGUGGUGCAGAAUUAUAUUCAAUGUAUGUUGGGGAGGGUGAAGCUUUGCUGCGUAAUACAUUUCGAAGAGCUCGCCUUGUGGCACCAAGCAUAAUAUUUUUUGACGAGGCUGAUGUUGUUGCUGCAAAACGAGGAGGAAGUGCAAAUGGUAGCACUACAGUUGGAGAGAGACUUCUAUCCACGUUACUGACUGAAAUGGAUGGCUUAGAACAGGCUAAAGGAAUUCUUGUUUUGGCUGCUACGAACCGCCCGCAUGCGAUUGAUGCUGCACUUAUGCGACCUGGACGCUUUGAUCUAGUGCUUUAUGUGCCACCGCCAGAUUUGGAAGCUCGAUAUGAGAUACUUUGUGUACACACACGGGACAUGAAAGUGAGUACUGACGUUGAUCUUAGACAAAUAGCAGAAAAUACUGAGCUCUUCACAGGGGCUGAGUUGGAGGGUCUAUGCAGGGAAGCUGGAAUUGUAGCUCUGAGAGAAGACAUUUCUGCCACUGUCGUGUGUAAUCGCCACUUCCAGACUGUUAGGAAUUCAUUGAAGCCAGCACUAACCAUAGAAGAAAUUGAUUCGUACUCUUCAUUUAUGAAGAAUCCAUCUGUGUGUUCUUCUGGACCAGUUGAAAUGUCUACCAAGCAGAACAAGAAGUGUUCUAAGGGUUUGGUGGGUUCCAUUACUCCUGUUGCAAUUGGUGUCACGAGCUUUAUUUUACUAGCUGGUGUGAAAUAUUUUCUAAUGCGAACUGGUCGAACACCUAGUGAACUAGCAUGUACAUGAAUCCUCUAACGUGUUCCCAGCACGACCGGUGAUGCAAUAUAGCAGUAACAUACGCAUAUAGCAGUAAUUUACGCUCGCCACAGUCUGGAUGAAGAAGUUUCUGUGACAGCAGCUUUACAUGUCUAAUCUAUUUGUUCUCGAUAAUUUAUGAACUGGUGAUCUAAUCUGUUUGUUCUUGAUAAUUUAUGAACCGGUGAUCUUUGCUUGGAAGCUUUCUGUCCGCCCGUGCAAGUGAAAAAAAUCUGAAAAGUAGAGCUCCCGGUGCAUUGCACAGCAAUUUGGUGGUUCUUUGUUAGCUCAAUAUGCAGGUGCUGGUUUUGGGAUCGGGAGUGGGAGCAUCGUGGAAAGAAGGUUGCCACAAUAUCAAGGACCAUCUGUGCUUGGCAUUUGUGUGUGGUUCUGGGAAGAGACUCCAGAGGGCUGAAUCUUUUUGCUGACAGGUAUUCUCUCGGCCCGUGGGGGGGUGGUUAACAGGAGGGUGCAACUGCUUUGUGUGCGGGUUUCAUAGUAAAAAGACUGUAAAGAUCACAUAAUUGCAUAGACUUAUGUUGUGACUAGAAGAACCAUAUGAGAUGGAAAUUUGAA